AUGGCGGACAACUUGACUCUGUAUACGAGACGACCUUCAGCUCGAGGGAAACGCUCAUACACAGUUCGGUCCUUUUACUGGGCUUUUCUGGUCUUCUUAGCCCUCGCAAUAAUUAGCUGGGCCUCUGGAAAUUUGCGCGAUUCUGCUCCGUCUUCGUCACUUCAUGUCAAACGAGCGCACGACGUCCUACAAGGAUUCAACGAGCCAGAGUGCCGCCUAGUCCGUAAUGCAAAGGAUCAAUGCUCCUUCGUUCGUGCCAAUUGCCCCGACCUCGAGGAUGGCCUGCUAUCCUACAUUCAACUCUACUACUGUACACUUGCGGACGCCAAACCGCUGGCGUUUAUCAUUCUUAUUCUAUGGCUCUCCCUACUCUUUAGCACCAUCGGCAUUGCCGCCAGCGAUUUCUUAUGUAUAGAUCUGAGCACGUUGGCCAGCAUCCUGGGAAUGAGCGAAAGUUUGACCGGUGUCACGUUUCUCGCUUUCGGAAAUGGCAGCCCGGAUGUCUUCUCAACCUUUGCCGCGAUGAGGUCUAACAGCGGUAGUCUGGCGAUUGGUGAGCUUCUUGGUGCGGCUAGCUUUAUCACAUCUGUCGUUGCCGGCUCAAUGGCUCUAGUCCAGCCGUUCAAAGUCGCAAGGAGAAGCUUUGUUCGGGACGUGGGCUACUUUGUUAUCGCGGUAAGCUUUAGCAUGGUGCUCCUAGCAGACGGACGACUUCAUGUCUGGGAGUCCGCUGCUAUGGUUGGGCUCUAUUGUUUCUACGUGGUGCUGGUGGUAACAUGGCACUGGUACCUCGUACGACGACGUCGUGCCUAUGAACGAAAUCUAGCUGCACGAUGUCACUUCCAUAUCCCAGACAACCAGGAACUGGACAUCGAGGAAGAGGUGGAAGACGACGAUCCCGGCGUAGCUUCGGAGUCCAGGAGUCUGCUUCGUGGGGCUUCGACUGAGGAUUUUGAGACACUGCAAAGGUCGGAUCUUCCAGCGUGGAAAGAUGGAAACGAGGAUGACGAGACCCGCAACCGCUAUUUGGCUGAGAUCCGUGAAAAUAUGCACGUAUUCCGACCCUCGGCCCGCAGACGCAAUACUCUCAAUCCCAUCAGGCCCAGCCUGGUAGGCGCAUUGGAGUUCCAAACAGUACUGUCUUCGCUCCAGAAGUCCCGUAAUAUCCACCCUGAUAUGCCUAUCAGCCUCGACCGAUAUUUUGACGAUCCGCGACAUGGGCGUGCGGCUUCAUUACAGCAUGACAACAUGUCCGUUGCUUCUCAUCCUCGGACCAAUAGGCCAUCUGGAAGCAGCCGCUUUCUAUCCCCGAAUAGUGCCUCAGGCUCUUCCCGUGUCCGCGCUGUCUCCGCAAACGACGCUGCUAGUCUCAGGCUCAACACCAAUGUAUUCGAGUCUAGGAGCCCGCAGCCUCUUCUGACAGUCAGUCGACCUUCAGUCGACGAUGAGACGGUGGCACCCAGGGUACCUCAGAGCGAUCAGACGUCAGUCACGCUGAAAUUACCAUCAUUGAACGAACCACCACGAAGUCCAAGCCCAGGAUCAACGAGCCGUUCUCCGAGUCCCAACCUCCUUGCACCUCCGGGUACCUUCCACUCACCCAACUACCAGGCUGCUUCUCCACUCUCUCGCUCUACGCUUGACGUCUCGCCAAUGGGAACUUCAUAUGCCGCACGUGGUGCUGAAGGUGCCUUGGAAAGUCCCUCUAGUCCGUUUCCUCCCUUCCUGAACGCGCUUAGUGCAUCAUCCUCCAGAGCGCCCAGUAUCCGUCUUCCUGCUGUCUCAAAUCCGGCGGAGAGGUUACACAUUCAUGAUGAUGGGCUCGACGACGGCAGUCAUCAAUCCUCGUCGCCGGCGAAGUGGACACGAGUCUCAUCUCAUUUUAUUCUGCAAUCUAUCUUUCCAGCUUUGUUUCCAACCUUGGUUGGCUGGAAGAGCAAGACCUUCCUGGAGCGGCUGCUUGGAAUCAUCGCAGCUCCGAGCGUGCUACUACUGACACUCACUCUUCCUGUCGUCGAUCCCGUUCAGCCUGAGGAGGACCUUGCGCCUAUUGUCCUGACUCCGGCAGAUGGCGAGGAGUCAGUACCGGCACCGCGACUGAGGCUGCCGGAGGACAGCCCACUAAUUCGAACUCUUGAGCAUGAAUACUUUGCAGACCAUCAAAGCGACCCAACAGGUGCCAAGACCCACACAGGACAGGGAAGACAGCGGUGGGACUCCGAGCUGCCUGCUAUACAGCCACUUUCGGAUCCCUCCGCUGCUCAAACAAAGGAUUGGUGCCAGUGGCUGGUCUGGGUCCAAUUAUUGGUUGGCCCGUUCUUUGUUGCACUUAUUGCAUGGACCACUCUGGACCCGGAAUUGAAGGCUCGCAGCCUCUUGAUUCCAGCGUUGUGCUCCCUUCUUUUCUCAUUGCUUUGCAUCGCUGGCCUCACAAUAAGUACACGGCAUGAGCGCUUCUCGCAGUCGUCUGCAUUCUGGCGUCCCUUCCUGGCUCUCCUGGGCUUCGUGGUUGCCAUCUUCUGGAUAGCAACAAUAGCCACGGAGGUCGUCAGUCUCCUCAAAACCGUGGGAGUCAUUCUGAACAUCAGCGACUCCCUCCUCGGACUCACCGUGUUCGCUGUCGGUAACUCUCUGGGUGACCUCGUCGCCGACAUCACCGUUGCCCGUUUGGGCUAUCCGGUCAUGGCUUUGAGCGCCUGUUUUGGCGGACCCAUGCUCAACAUCCUUCUAGGUAUCGGCCUAGGUGGCCUGUACAUGACCCUUAAUGCGACGCCUGACACAAUCGCCACCCGCACAGGCUCCUAUGAAAUCGCUCUCUCCAAAGCCCUUAUCAUCAGCGGUGCCACCCUUUUGGCUACCCUGCUCCUCCUACUCAUCAUCAUCCCAUUGAAUAAUUGGAGAAUGGAUCGGAAGAUCGGUUGGGGUCUCAUUGUCUUAUGGGUCAUCAGCACUGUGGGCAAUGUCAUUGCUGAGCUCUCCACCUAA